AUGGCGAUCCAAACGCGCGCGAGUGCCCAGAUGUACUUGGCGGUAGCACUGGCGAUGGUUGGAGCCGCGACGUUUGGGCUGGACCAGGGGAACUUUGGGAAUGUCCAGGCUUUUGAAUCUUUCCGAGCGGAGUGGUGUGUUGGCAGGUAUGGGGAUGCCGAGAGUUGUAGCGAGCUGGGAUCCUUGCAGAACGACCGCUGGCAGGACUUUGUGACCUGGGGCGCCAGUUUGAUUACCUUUGGUGCGGCGGCUGGCGCAGUGCUGCUAGGACCAUUCGUCACUCACCAGCUGGGCCGAAAGCCAUGUAUCCAGAUGGGAGGUGCAGUCUGCUUCAUGGGCUGUCUAAUGGCCUCCUACUUGUCCUUCCACAAUGUGGCGGAGUUUUUUCUAGGGCGAUUCAUCACUGGGCUGGGUGUUGGACUCAGUUGCUUCGCUCUGCCACUCUACAACGCGGAAAUUUCAACUCCGCAGAUUCGCGGUGCCACCGGGUCCAUCUUCCAGUUGAACGUGGUGAUCGGAUGCUUCGUCUCGUGUUUGGUGACGCUCUUGGACGAUGACUGGUACUUCGGCAUGGUGCUUCCAGGCCUGGCAGGUGCUUUGCUGGUGCUGGGCGGCUUCUUCCUCCCAGAGUCGCCACGCUUUCUCAUGGAGAAGAUGGUGCAUCAACAUCCGGAGGAGGCCUUCAAAUGUGGCCUGCGAUCUUUGAAGCGCAUCAGAUCAGGUGAUGUGAAACCAGAGGCUGAUCAGAUCUUUGAGCAAAUCAGAGCAGAGAUGGAGACGAAGCACAUGGGGUUUCGUGAUCUCUUCCGGGAUCCUAACCUGCGAAAGCGCGUUCUCAUCGCUUGCACCUUGGUGAUUGGACAGCAGGCCACUGGUGUGAAUGCCUUUUUGGGCUAUGCAGCCACACUCUUCAAAGAGUGUGGCAUUGAAAAUCCCAUUUUGUUUGAUUCCAUCUUCAACAGCAUUAUGAUUUUGGGUUGCAUUGCUGGGUUGCUGCUGGUCGACUCACCCUAUGCUGGCCGGCGGUCGCAGCUACUCGUGGCCACUGCCUUGAUGGGACCACCUUUGACCAUUGCUGGCUUUGCCUUGAGAUUCGGCUGGCCACGCAUCAUCACCAUGGCCUCUGUGAUCAUCUACGGCGUUGGUUUCCAGUUUGCCUGGGGUACCAUCCCGUGGAUCUACCCUGCCGAGAUCUUUUCCAUGUCCGAGAAAGAGUCGGCCGUGAGCUGUGCGGUGGGUGUGAACUACGUGGCGAAUGCGGCGGUCGUCUACCUGACACCUGGGUUGAUGAAGUGGUCAACACCAGGUACUCUGCAGAUCUUUGGUCUGCUGAACAUCUUGAACGCCCUUUUUGUCUUCCUCUACAUCAAGGAGACCAAAGGUGUCCCCUUGGAAGACAUCCCAAAGCUCUUCCGGCCGCGGAGCGCGAGCACGAGCGUGCGUUUGAAGGCCGUCAAGGCCAAUCCCCCGCAUGUGGCACCGGCAGCGGUAGUCCAAGGAGAAGGCUUCAGAGCUCCACAGGGAGUGGGACCGCUUUUGCGGCUGACGGCUGGCGCGCUAGCCGUUGGCUACAGGCGUUCGACGCGGCGCGCGGCGGUUCAGCGGGGCGCGGGCGCCAAAGUGGUCGCGCCUGCGGUGAUUCAAGCAGCCCCCGCUGGGUCGGCCGCAAGCUGGCGGGAAAGGCACUGGUUCCCCAUCGCCUCCACCUUGGAGUUGGAUCCUCAACGGCCGACGCCAGUGCGCUUGGAUGGUGUGGACCUGGUGGUCUGGCAGGUCCCUGGUGAAGAAGAUGCCGAGGAUGAGGGAUGGCGAGUCAUGAGCGAUGCAUGUCCUCAUCGUUUGGCACCUUUGUCGGAAGGGCGCAUAGAACCAACGACCAAAUGCCUGCAGUGUGCCUAUCAUGGCUGGGAAUUCAACUCGGAGGGACACUGUACCAAGAUUCCCCAAGUGGAGGAAGCGGCGGCUGAGAAGAUGCGGCAAAACUCACGCUCGCAGGUGCGGAGCUUCCCCACGAAGAUUGCCAUGAAGUUAGUCUGGGUCUGGCUCGGUGAGAGCGAGCCACAGGGUCAUCCAAAGGAUCUGGUGAAAGGAAGUCACUUGGAGUCUGAGUUUGAGGUGGCAGGCACCUACACUAGAGAUUUACCUUAUGGCUACGACAGUCUGGUGGAAAAUCUCAUUGACGUCUCCCACGUGCCCUUCGCACAUCACGGCUUGCAAGGCACUCGCGAUGACGCGGUGCCAGUGUCCAUGACCAUCCCAGAGAUGAAGAGUUCCAACGAGCACGGCGAGAUCUUAAGCUUCACAUUUUGGGAUCGGACCAUGGGCAUGCGGCGGGAAGCGCAGUUCUCUUUGCGAUCGCCGUUCUUCUUCUUCUACCUUGGUGAGUUCAAAGGGGAUGGUGACAACUUGGAGUUCAAAAAGUUCUCCGAGCGCCGCGGAUCCACCGAGCCGGAUGGCAAGCCGCGCUUUCGCUUGAACUGCGCCUGUGUGCCAGUGGCUCCUGGAUGGUCCCGGCUGAUUCUGGCCAAUGCUUCUCGCGGAGGAGACCUGGAUAGUAUCCUUCCACCGUGGGCCAUUCACCUCUUGUCCAACCGCUUCCUUGACAGUGACCUGGCAUUCUUGCACUACCAAGAGCGGAAGCUUCGUGCGAAGGCCGCAGGCCCCGACGGCUGGUCCAGCGCUUACUACAUGCCAGGUGAGUCAGAUCGGAGCAUCGGUGCAUGGCGUCAGUGGUUGGCCAAGGACACUGCCUCCUGCCGUUACGACAGAGGUGCCAUUGCCACCCUCCCCGCUGGCCAGAGAAGAUCUGCUGAAUCGUUGGGAGCAGCACACCGCCAGCUGCAGGCAUUGCCGCGAGGCCUUCAGCAACAUGGAGCUAGUUCAGAAGGCUGCUGCGGCACUCUUCCUGGUGGGGUUGGCUGGAGCUCAGACGCAACUGGCACCCACCUUUCUGUCUUUGCCCAGUGA